UCUUCCUGUUCGGACGAGGAGCGUCUAUGUUGGUGAGAAAUAAACGUUUAUCUCAAAAGUAUACCCAAGAGGAAAAAUAUAUUGACAUUGUAUUUAAUGAUAAAUAAUAUUCAGCGCAUGAGUGCAUUUUCCCAUCCCAAGUGUCGUCAAUUUUGAUAACCUUUUGUGUGUUUGGGUGCGCGCGCAAGUAAGGUUAGCUGUAAUGAACUGCUAGCAGUCCCUUAGCUGUGAGCGUCCUGCUGCUCAAUUAACCCUCACUUUUAAAGUUUCCUCUGGCUUUUUUUUUUUUUGUAUGAAUUCUUGCGUAGACGUUUUUCCGAGAGGAUAACCCGCCGCGAUCGUUGUUUUCACGCUUAAAUAGUCAAUGUCAGAGAAGGAGAUGAUGGGGGGAAUUAAACAGGAGCAGAGUGAGGCAUCGCAGCCGCUCAGAGCUCCACACACAGCAGAGCAGCCGCAGGACGAGCCUAAGAAGAGGGGCUGGCCGAAGGGAAAGAAACGAAAGAAGGUGCUACCAAAUGGUCCUAAAGCACCAGUAACCGGGUAUGUCCGCUUCCUUAAUGAACGGCGAGAACAUAUGAGGGCCCGUUACCCUGACUUACCUUUCCCAGAAAUCACAAAGAGACUAGGAGCAGAGUGGACACGAUUAGCCCCAAAUGACAAACAGCGCUAUCUUGAUGAGGCUGAGCGAGAGAAGCUGCAGUAUGCCCAGGAGCUGAAAGAAUAUCAGGAAACAGAGGCCUAUCAGAUUACUAGUGCCAAGAUAAAUGACAAGAGGAUCAAAAAAGAAGACACUCCAUUGGUCAUGGGUAAUCCUACUUCAGGGCCAUCUUUAACAAAGGCGUCUGAAUUCACAACUAGAUUCGACAUCCCGAUUUUUACUGAAGAAUUCCUUGAUCAGAACAAAGCUCGAGAAUCUGAGCUGCGUCGACUUCGGAAGGCCAACAUUGAGUUUGAAGCGCAGAAUGCAGUGCUGCAGAGGCACAUUAAAGACAUGAACAAUGCUAAAGAGCGUCUGGAAGCUGAGCUGGGGCAGGACGAGAAGCGAACCCAGGCACUUCACCAACACUUGCUGGCCAUUAAACACACUCUUGUCAACAGUCUCUCAUCAGUCCCACUUCCAGGUACAGGUGAGACAGCAUCUCUCGGAAACCUUGACUCAUACCUGAGUCGUCUCAGUGGGGUGAUUGAGGGAAACCCUCAAAAGCACCGUGCACUGCUCAACCAACUUAAUGAAGUCCUCUCUCAUAUAGACAGUGAGUCUGCCAUCCUCCACCUUGGCUGUAGGACUGGCCUGAAUGCGUCAAGUUAAAACAGAAUGGAGCAUUGAGGCUGCUGUUGCUCAGAUAAUGUUGCUCUGAUUAUUUGUCUUCGUGUGUAGACAAAAGUUUGUGCCAUAAAUGCAAAGCUCCCUCCAACAGCUGGUUUGCUGGGUCGGUUUUUGCACUAUUAAACAAAAAAAACAAAAAAAUGUUUUAAUUUGUAAGGUUGGAAGUCUUACUUCCCCAGUAUUUACUGAACAUGGAUUACACUACUGACAUUCUCACCAAGAAGGCAAAUAAUUUUGUUUCCUCAAAUGUUAGGUGAUUUUGGACACAGCUCAAAAAUAAGCCAAUCAACUACCAUGUAAUGCUCUACAUUUACCGGCCAUUUAAGGGGUGGCCAAAGUAUAAGUAUCUUAAUCUGUCCAUUAUACAGCAGCCGUUAAAAACGGUUUGUUUGGGGAAUGUGGCAUGUACAUACACAGCUUAAAUUACAGUUGUGAAGCUCUGAAAUAAUUUUAGACAAAGUAAAGUAAUUGAGUAGGAGAGAUGGGUUUCAGUAGGAAUUUUAAUGAUACUGAUAUUUAUGCUUAUCAGUAUUCAUUUUAAAUAUAUUCAAUCAAAGGACAGAUUCUGGUCAUAAGUAACAAAAUAAAGGAUCCAAAUACAACAACUUCAGUUUUAUCAGAAUGUAGCUGUAGAAAGUUCUGAAUCAUCCAGGUCUUUGACUUUAAAACAUGCUUGUAGGCAACUAAAGCGAGACACAAAGACAGGGUAUGUAAAUAUACAAACAGUUUCAAAAGUUGUGAAAUGUAACCAGAUUGAAGUUUCUAACAGACUUUUUCACAUGAUACCUUUAUGUGAACUGCUGUCUGUUUGAAAACCUCAUAGUCUUCAGCUUCUCAUCUCCCACUGCAGCUGUUAAGUGUCAUGCUAUGUUUAAACUGUUUAGAUCUUAACAGUUUUAUAUGAAUUAUUAACAGUUGGUUACAGAACAAACUUUAACCACAUUGAUUCUGUUGGAGUGAAGGGAUGGACACCCUGUGAGACGUUCUGCUUUUAUCUCUCAUCUUUUAAUGGGUCUUUUGUUGCAAAAAAAACUACAACUGAUUCACACAGAUAUGAGAUAAUUUCAAAACAGAAAUUAUAAGAGUUUAAAAUGAGUGCUGGCUGAGUACUGUGCUAAUAACUGGACUUAUUUUGUAAUGUUCAGAAGUUUUACCUUGUUUACAUAAGUGUCU